GACCUAUAAUAAUAAUUUGAAUGGAGUGACAAUACAAAACGUGGGUAUUUAGAUUCUUUAAAUCUAAUGCUUUUGGCUCUUUCCCGAAAGGAGAAUAAAAAUAAACUCCCUUAUUAAAAAAUAGUAUCCCUUGUAAGUAGCACAGAAAGGUCGUAACCAGCUCCUCCGAACUCCGCGAGUGACACAGUUUCUACGCUCCUUACGUUAUCCCGACAAUACCCGACCGGUUGACUGGCCUCAUUAAUUAUUUUCUUUAUUCAUUUAGUUGUCACCUUCUGCGACAUUACCACGACGAAUACAUGUUGUACUUAUUCAUUACUUUUCACUUCGUUAGCUAUCAUGGCAGACAUUUUUUAUUUAUUUUAUAUUUUUAAUUAAUUCUAUUUACACUUUAAGACGGAUAUGUUGAUAUUGUGCGAGAGGUGUCAUGAUGUGUGUGUGUCGGCAGUGCGCGGCGGGGGCGGGCGUGUUCGAGCUGCAGAUCCUCGAGUUCUCUAACUACCGCGUGGCGCUGUCGUCGGGCGCGUGCUGCGGCGGCGGCGGCGCGGCGCCGGCCAGCGCGGCCUGCGCGCGCCCCUGCCGCACGCGCUUCUCGCUGUGCCUCAAGGAGUACCAGUCGGCGGCCGCGCCCGGCGCCUGCUCCUUCGGCCGCGCCGCCUCGCCCGUGCUCGGCACCGACUCCUUCACGCUGGCCGAGCCGCUCUACACGCUGGCGCUGCCCUUCUCCUUCCGCUGGACCAGGUCCUUCACAUUGAUACUGCAAGCAUUCGACGACUUCGCUUACCCUGAAGCUGACGCGGGGCUGAUCGAGGAGGCGUGGUGGUCGGGCAUCGUGGAGCCGAGCGCGGAGUGGCACGCGCUGCAGCACGCGGGCGCGACGGCGGCCGUGGCGUACCGCGUGCGCGUGCUGUGCCAGCCCAACUACUACAACACCACGUGCACCACGUUCUGCCGCCCGCGCGACGACAAGUUCGGCCACUACUCGUGCACCGCCGAGGGCGACAAGCGCUGCCUGCCCGGCUGGCAGGGCGACAACUGCGAGAAGCCUGUUUGUAAGGAAGGCUGCCACCCGACCCACGGCCGUUGCGACCGUCCUGGUGACUGCGACUGCCGGCCCGGAUGGCGCGGGGAACUGUGUUCUCAGUGCCAGCCAUACCCUGGCUGCAAACACGGCUACUGCAACGGGUCCUCUUGGGAUUGCACCUGCGACACCAACUGGGGCGGAAUUCUCUGCGACCAAGAUCUGAACUACUGCGGCACGCACGAGCCGUGCCAGCACGGCGGCACGUGUGAGAACACCGCGCCGGACCAGUACCUGUGCCGGUGCGCGGAGGGCUUCUCGGGCACGGACUGCGAGCGCGUGGACAACCCGUGCGCGCCGCAGCCCUGCGUGCACGGCGAGUGCGAGCUCACGGCCUCGCCGCGCGGCUUCUCGUGCGCCUGCCAGCGCGGCUGGGCCGGCGCGCUGUGCGACCAGGACGUGGACGACUGCGCCAGCGCGCCCUGCCGCAACGGCGCCACCUGCCGCGACCGCCUCGACGCCUUCGUCUGCGAGUGCGCGCCCGGCUGGACCGGACCCACCUGCGCAGAAGACGUCAACGAAUGUGAGAUGAAAAAUAUGGAGGGCACGGGAACUCUAGAAGGUACAACGAGCGCGAAUGGAGCGGCCAGCGCGUCGGAGGGAGCGCUAGGCCCGUGCGUCAACGCAGCUGCGUGUAACAACACAGCGGGCAGCUACUCGUGCGCCUGCCUCGCCGGCUGGACGGGCCGCGACUGCGAGGCCAACGUGGAUGACUGCACGGGCCAGUGCCUCAACGGCGCCACUUGCAUCGAUCUCGUGGACGACUUCCACUGCGCGUGUGCGGCGGGCUACGCGGGCCGCACGUGCUCGCGCGAUAUCGACGACUGCGCGCCGCGCCCGUGCCGCAACGGCGGCGAGUGCGUCGACCUACUCAAUGCCUACCGCUGUAUCUGCCCCGUCGGCUUCUCCGGGACCAACUGCGAGGAUGACCGCGAUCACUGCGCCGGCGCACCGUGCGGCAACGGAGCUGCGUGCUACACGGCGCAGAGCGACUACUACUGCCACUGCGCGCCGGGCUGGACCGGCAAGAACUGCACGCAGCGCGCCGCCAGGGAACAUGUGGACGAGUGCGCGACCAGUCCCUGCCGCAACAACGGCACCUGCGUCGGCGGUGCUGCCGACUUCACCUGCAUCUGCCGCGAUGGCUGGACAGGAAAAACUUGCUCAGUACGCGUCGAAGGAGUCGAUAGGUGUCCCGAAGGAACGUGUGCUAACGGAGGCACUUGUGUGCGUGAAGGCAGCGCAUGGCGUUGUGUGUGCGCCACGGGCUGGGCGGGGUCGUCGUGUGACACGCCCGUGAUAUCAGCACUGGCGCCGGCGGCCGCGCCCGCGUGUCCGUGCGGCGCGGGUGGCACGUGCGUGCCCACAGCCGCGCCCCCGGGCUGGGCCUGCGCCUGCCGCGAGGGCCGCACAGGGGCGCGCUGCGAGCUGCCCGCCGAGCCCUGCGCCUCCGCGCCCUGCCGCAACGGCGGCCGCUGCGUGGGUGGCGCGGGGUGGUGGGCGUGCGAGUGCGCGCCGGGCUGGGCGGGGGACACCUGCACUGUGCGUGCCGCACCUCCGCCCGCCACGUGCACGCCCGCGUGCCCGCCCGCCGCAGCCUGCGUACCUGACCCGCUACGGCCGGAGCGAGGGGCGCGUUGCGUUUGCCCCUCACCACCGCAACGGUCAGCGCGCCGCUGCCUUGAGAUGCUGGCGGGGCUCGGCGCGGACGGUGGCGAGGGCGCCGAGGGCAGCGACAGUGAGGGCGGGGCGGACGGGGAGGGCGGCGCGGGCGGCGAGCCCGGCGUGUGCGGCGCGGACAACGGCACGUGGUGGUGGGGCUGCAACGCGUGCUGGUGCGACGCGGGCGCGCCCGCCUGCACGCGCCUGUGGUGCGGCCUGCCCGACUGCCACAUGCCCAACGCGCAGCCCUGUCGGACCGAUGAGGUAUGCGUGCCAGCGGCGCCCGCGCUGUGCCUGCGCACCCCGUGCGCGCCCAUCGGCGAGUGUCGGCGCGUGUCGGGGCGGCGCGUGGAGCCGCCCGCGCUGCCCGCGCCCGCCGCGUGCUGGCCCGGCGCGCGCGACGCCCGCCUGCCCGCCGGCUGCGCGCGCGCCUCGCUGCAGCUGGCGCGCGAGCGUCUGGCGCGCGGCGCGCACGUCGAGCGCGCCUGUGUUGCGCUGCGCCGCGCGCUCGCCGCAGCACUGGCCGCGCGCGCUCCCCCCGCGCCGCCGCUAGCUUUGCUCUGUGAUCUGGCGCCUGAUGAUGACGAUGCUCUCGAUCUGGCUCUGUGGAUCGGCGAUGAAGUGGGUACGGAUGGCGCAGAGCGAGCUUCAGCGCUGGGUGCGGCGGUGCGCGCGCUCAGCGAGCUGGUGUCGCGGCGCCGCCUCGCGCACCACGCGCUGCUGGGGGCGGCGCUGCGCCUGCGCGUGCCGCACGCGCCCUCGCCCGCGCCCGUCACUGACCCCGCGUCGCCCUCGCCGGCGCUGGCGCUCACGCUGGCGGCCCUGGCGCUGUUGCUGCUGGCGGCGGGGGCGGCGGCCGUGACGCUGGUGCUGCGCCGGCGCCGCGCCGCCGCCGCCGCCGAGCGCUCUCGCCGCUGCGACGAGGAGAAGUCCAACAACCUACAGAACGAGGAGAACCUGCGGCGGUACGCGAACCCGCUGCGCGAGGAGCCGGCGGGCGGCGGGCGCGCGGGCAGGCCGCCGGACGAGCUGCCGCGCGCGCACUCGCUGUACAAGGCGCAGAACGCGGACGCGCGCAACGACACGCCGCCGCGCGACAAGGAGCUGACGAAGCGCGCGCUGCCGCCGCCGGAGCCGCCGCCCGCGCGCCACCCGCCGCCCGAGCGCCUCACCGUGCUCGUGUGACGUCACCGUGUGAUACUAGUGCUAGAGACUGCCGCGCACCCCGCGCCGCACCUAUUUAUUGUUGUACGACGCUGAUCGCCAUCUUGUAAAUAUUGUAUUUUUUGUAAAUAAUGUUGACUCGUGUGAAAAUUGAAAGUUUUAUGAGUGGUCAAAUAGAAUCGAAUAUUUUUGUUUGUUGCAAAGGUUGUAAAAGUGAAAAUGAAAUGUUGUUGUAAUAAAAAUAAACUGAAAUCUCCGUGGUUUUACUCAAGUAUAUUAUAAUAUUAUACACGACUAGCACCUUUAUAACGACUCACCUUAGGUCUCGAAAAGCAUUACCCUUGUUAU